GGUGUGUUGUUGUGUCGUUUGUGUCUACACUGUGUACCCACAACUGCCUCACACACAAGAACAUAGUUGCACAUCGAAGGAUUCUCACACAGCCGCUUCCGGAGAACCAUGACCUUGCCGACGGUUGCCGCACUGAUGAAGCAGAGGUCUGUCCAGGUGGUCCAGGCGAGAGGGUUGAGGGCGGGGGCGGAGCUGACGCGGCUGGCCAAGUGGGGGCUCCCUGUUGGAGCAGCGGCCUCGUGGGUCUUUUACCCCGUCAUCAACGACGUGUACCAGGAGUACUUGGAGGAGCAAGCGGAGGCGGCGGCAGAGGCUGCUGCAGCAGCUGCCGAGGAGUCCUAAUCGACACGCCAGAAGGCUAUGUGUCGGCUUCUCUGUUAGAAAGUUUCAUGAGCACAAACGUUUUUUUUUCUGGCUCUGUUCCAGACGGCGUCAUACUGAGUCGUGGCUCGAAAUCGCUCAGUGGCGUUAAACGAGUCUUCAUCGGUGUGUACCAGCGGUCGCGUGGAAACUCCGGGUCAUCCGGUGUCUUGUUCUUAGUCGGCGUUUUCUGGGCGUGUUUGAUCGAUUCGUAUUGUCGUCAAGACGCUGUGCUGCGAUUUCUACGAGGCAGGGACGAGCUGCCGUACGGAAGACCGGUCGUGUGGUUGGUCUUGGACCAGUACGGUAGAUGCGCUGCUGGUUUAGCGUAUCCGCGACAGCUCGAGAUAGAAAAGAGGGGCACCUUGACCCCACUGAAUCCAACUUGAGAACGGCGCAUUUUGUUGGUGGCUUCAAAUUCUUGGUACAGCAGUACGGGAUCUCUAUGGGGGGUCAACCGAUGAUACGGAGCGGCGCAAAAGGACGGGCGGGGUAGGCGCAAUGCUCAAUACUGGAUGCACGUGGCCUGCGCUUUACCGCUGAAGUCCCUCGACUCACCGGGCUCCACAACUGUGGACAAUGACACUUUUGUUGUGGUACUAUCCCGUUCUCGACGUGGAAAACGAAUUCGUACCACGCAAGCGUAGGAAAGAGGAGCCCCGCACCGGCAGCAGGGUCAUUCCUUGCAUCGACCUCCCCAACC